AUGAAGUUCGUUCUUGCUCUAGCUCUGUGCAUUGCCUUCGCCGCUGUGCUGGAGGCCAAAAUCCCAAUCAGCCACACGAUGAGGCACGAUGAUUUCGAGCCCAUCAAGGAAGGAUGGCAUAUUCCCAGCUACGAGUACAAAUACGGAGUAUUUGAUCCCAAGUCCGGAGACCACAAGGAACAGUGGGAACAUCGUCAUCAUGACAUUGUCAAGGGACACUACUGGCUCCAUGAGCCUGAUGGCACCAAGCGUAUUGUGGAGUACACCUCCGAUCCCAAGACUGGUUUCCACGCCAUCGUAAAGACAGAAGGCCUGGCAGAACAUCCAUACUGAUCUAAUCAUGGUCUCACCGGAACUGAAGCAGGACCUUUGUGAUACAACGCAAGGCUUCAUAAUUGACCCCAACCUAACCCUUCUAUCUCCUAUACCUUCGAACACAUCA